UCGAUCAUCCGUUUGUGCCGCUCCGGUGUUUAUGUUUGUUUAUAAGAUGACUAAAGUGGGAAAUGAUUGAGUUAUGAUCAUUAUAAGUGUUAUGAAGCGUUAAUAAACGUGACUGAGGCGCUGUUUAUACUAGACAGUAUCACAGCAACCCGCGGCGUGAUUAUUGACUGAUUAUGAAUCUGAUUAUUAUUGUGUGAUGGAGAUGCAGUAUUGAGAUGCAGCAGUGAUGAGCGGCGCUCAGAGGACUCUGUUCCAGGCAUGGGGCCACAGCGGAGCCCCGAAGACCAGCAGCCGGAGCCCGCAGCAGCCUGAGAUUAAGCCGUAUGCUGCUGCUGCUGCUGAGGAUGAUGAGGAUGAUGAUGAUGUGCUGCUGGUGGCGGUGUGCGAGGCCGAGCGCAGUGUAGUGGAUCUGGGCUUCGACUCCUCCGCCGGCCGCGUCUGGAUCUACCCCACCAACCUGCCACUGCGGGAGUACCAGCUGCGAGUGUGUGAGGCGGCGCUGCUCCAGAACACACUGGUCUGCCUGCCCACCGGCCUCGGGAAGACCUUCAUCGCAUCUGUGCUGAUGUACAACUACUACCGCUGGUUCCCCGCAGGCAAGAUCGUCUUCAUGGCGCCCACCAAACCCCUGGUGGCGCAGCAGAUAGAGGCCUGCUACAGGGUGAUGGGGAUCCCACAGGAGCACACGGCGGAGCUCACAGGCUCCACAGCAGCUCCUCAGCGGCGGUCUCUCUGGAGCUCCAGGCGUGUGUUCUUCUUGACUCCGCAGGUGAUGGUCAAUGACCUGUGCAGAAACACCUGUCCGGCGGCUCAGGUCAGGUGUGUGGUCAUCGACGAGGCUCAUAAGGCCACGGGAAAUCACGCCUACUGCCAGGUGAUCCGGGAGCUCUGCAAGCAGACGCAGCAGUUUCGGGUUCUGGCGCUCAGUGCCACACCUGGAGGAGACGUCAAGGCGGUGCAGCAGGUGAUCUCCAAUCUGCUCAUCUCCCACAUCGAGCUGCGCUCAGAGGACAGUCCAGACGUCCAGACACAUGUCCACCAGCGCAGCCUGGAGAAGAUGGUGGUGCCGCUGGGAGAGUCGCUAACACACUACCAGACACGCUACCUGCAGGUCUUGGAGCGUUUCUCAUCCCGGCUGACCCAGAUGAGGCUGCUGAAUCAGCGAGACCUCCGAUCCCUCAGCAAAUAUCAGAUCAUACUGGCCCGAGAACAGUUCAGACGCAACCCGCCACCGCACAUACAGGGUCCUCAGCAGCAGGGUGUGCUGGAGGGGGAUUUUGCGCUCCUCAUCAGUCUUUAUCAUGGGUUUGAGCUGCUGCUGCAGAUGGGCAUCAGGUCUCUGUUCCUCUUCAUCCAGAACUUCUUCACUGGACCCCGAGAGUCGGCUCGGGUGAGGAAUGAGCUGCAGAGGUGUUCACUCUUCAUGGAGCUCUACAGAGAGAUGGAGAACAUGUUCAACACAGCUAGCAGAGGUCCUGAAGAGCCGUAUGUCUACACACACCCUAAACUGCAGAAGCUGGAUGAGGUGGUGCUGCGGCACUUCCAGACGUGUGCCGGGAGCUCAGACGGGUCUGCAGUGAACACGCGUGUGAUGAUCUUCUCCUCGUACCGUGAGAGUGUGCAGGAGAUCGCAGAGAUGCUGAACCGACACCAGCCGCUGGUCAGAGUCAUGACCUUCAUGGGCCAGGCGUCUGCGGGGAGAGGGGUUCGAGGAUUCACCCAGAAAGAGCAGCUGGAGGUGGUGCGGCGGUUCCGUGAGGGCGGCUUCAACACUCUGGUCUCCACAUGUGUGGGUGAGGAAGGUCUGGACAUCGGGGAGGUGGACCUGAUCGUGUGUUUCGAUGCGCAGAAGAGCCCCAUCCGUCUGGUGCAGCGCAUGGGCCGCACGGGCCGCCAGAGACAGGGACGCAUCGUGGUCAUCCUGGCCGAGGGCCGAGAGGAACGGACGUAUAAUCAGAGCCAGAGCAACCGGCGCAGCGUAAACAAGAGCAUCAUGGGAAAUAAGCACAGUUUCCAGAUGUUUUCUGACAGUCCUCGUAUGCUGCCGGCAGAUGUGACUCCUGCUCUACACAAGAUGAACAUCAGCUGCGCUCAGCAGUUCCAGCACAGAGACAGCGGACGCAGAUCCAGCAGGAGCCGCCGCUCAUCCCUCACUCUCAACAACACCGCAGGCGCUGAUCAGCGGUGUGUGAAGCAGGACUGGAGUCUGAGCUCCGCUGAGCAGGCCGUGUGGUCGUCCAGCAUGAGGCUGUCAGAGGAUGAAGCUCAGCCGGUGUUCAGACCCUCCAACAUGCUGAGCUUCAGCGAGGAGAGCCCACCACUGUGUGUGUCAGGAGUGUGUGUGUCAGGAGAGUGUGUGUGUGUGUCCCGGCCGCUCAGAGAGCUGUCCCUAUGGGAGUGGAGACACUGGCAGAACCGACCACUGCACACACACCGCGUCCAGCAUUCAGAGCGAUGCCUUCAUUUCACCGCCAUCAUGGAGCUGAUCGACACACUGAGACACCAGGAGGAGGGUGACUGCAGCUUUCAGUCUGAGCUCAUGAAGCAUCUCCAGAUGGAGGACGUUGAAGGAGGACAAACAAAGACCACCAACAACAUCCCACAGCAGAGGACAACAUCCAGCACUGAAGAGCAGGUAAACACAACACCUGCAGCGCACACUCAGGGUGCUCCCCUUCAGGUCCAGGAGUGCGUGUCCAUCACAGAUGAUGAUGAUGAUGCGCAGACGUGUUCCUCUGUGGAGUGUGUGGAGUGUCUGCUUGACGGGCAGGAGGACGAGAGCUCAGAUCUACAGCACAUCUUCUACCAGCCGGAGCUCCAGAAGACCAGACGCUGCCGUCACAGUCUGAACAGCAGGAGAUUUCUGGAGAUCAUCAGAAAUGUGGAGCAGCUGCUGUGCAGGUCUCCACCUAAACUGCUGGAGGAGGAAGAGCCGCUGUCUGAGACCUUCAGGGUCAGCUUCAGCCUGACGUCAGCACUGGAAGACCCUGAGGAUGAUGAAGAUGAAGAUACGGGUGUCUGUGCUCAGAAUACACCACCGUCUGCAGCAGCCGCUGCUUCCCCAGGCUGGGACGAGCUGUUUGACGAUGGAGACGGGUUUAUGAAAGCUGAGGAGCGUCAGGAGGAUCAGCUGAGCCUCGACCUGUUUGAUGAUGAAGAGUUCCUGCAGAUGAGCAUUCCUGAUGUGCAGACGCCAGACAACAGCACAGGACCUGAUGGAGAGCAGCCUGAGCAGAAACAACAGACUCUUGCUGAUGUGCCAGGAGGAAGGUCGACUCUCACAGGACCUGAAGGAGAGCAGCAGUCUCCAGUCAGUGUGUCAGGUAGCAGAUUGAAUGUCACAGGACCUGAUAGAAAGCAGCGGACUCCUCUUAAUGUGUCAGGCAGUAGAUCAAACCUCACAGGACCUGAUGGAGAGCAGUCUGAGCAGAAACAAUGUACUCUCACUGAUUGUUCAAGAAGAUCAAGCGUUACAGGACCUGAUGGAGAGCAGGCGACGCCUGUCAGUGUGUCAGGUAGUACGUUGAACCUCACAGGACCUAAUAGAAAGCAGCGGACUCCUCUUAAUGUCUCAGGAACCAGACUAAACCUCACAGGACCUGAAGGAGAGCAGCGGACACCCGUUUAUGUGACAAGAAGUAGAUCAAACCUCACAGGACCUGAUGGAAAGCAGGAGACUGAUGGUUCAAGAAGCAGAUCAAGCCUCACAGGACCUGAAGGAGAGCAGGAGUCGCCAGUCAAUGUGUCAAGAAGUAGAUCAAGCCUCACAGGACCUGAAGGAGAGCAGGCGGCGGGCGGUUCAGGGAGCAGCUGUGUGUUUCGCUGCUCUCAGGAUUUCUUCUCGGUGAACUUUGACCUGGGCUUUGAGUCAGAGUCUGAGGAGGAAGCAGCAGCAGGCGCCGGUGUCUCUGGAAUGACCUCUGAACUCCCGCCGCUGACCUCUGACCUCUGCAGUGCAGCGCCGCGGCCCAGCGCAUCCACACCCAACCACCUGUACCUGCCUGCGCACCGAAGAACACACACACCUGGCCAGAGGAGACGCACCUGCACAGGUGUGUUUGUCAGUGACAGUGAGGAUGAGGCUCAUCAUCAGGGAUGUUCAGCUCUUGAAAUGGCUCCAGUGUUCUCUCCAGAGGUGAAGCAGCAGGUCUGCAGUGAUGUGGAUUCUCCUCUUCAAGUGUGUCGGAAGCGUCCAGCGAUAAACAUGGUCUGCAGUGAUGUGGAUUCUCCUCUUCGAGUGUGUCGGAAGCGUACGGCUGCAUUAAACACGUCAGAGGGCAGUGAGGGAGAUGAUGUCCUUCAGCUCAUCAGUGUUCAUCAGCCUGGAUGCCACAGAUCAAAUAAAAAGUGUCCUCGUGGUGCAGCUCGUCAGUUUCUGGAUGAGGAGGCUGAACUCUCUGAGGAUGAAGAUGAAGAUGUUUCCUCAGAUGAAGAUGAUGGAGACGAGCAGAACCAAUCACUGCAGGGCUUCGUGGUCAACAACACACAGUGCUCGCAGGGGCUCAAUGACUCUGAGAUGCAGGCGUUUUAUCUGAAGUCCGUCAGGAGUCCAGCGCUGCAGAAGCCGGUGCGCAUGACCUAUAAACCCAAACACAGCAUCAACAUCUUCUCACAGGUGCCAGAACAGGAUGAGUCGUACGCCGAGGACAGUUUUGUCGUUGACGGGAGUGAGGAGGAGGACGAAGAGUCUGCUGAUGAAGAAUCUGUGGAGCUGAUCCCUGAAGACUCCAUCAUCGAUGGCAGGAGGCAGUACGCCACACGCCGCAGGGCCCGGAUACGGCAGAUCCGCGCCGCAAACACUGCCACAGAUCAGCAGCGCAGGAAAAAGCGCUCCCGCAUCAUCCGCCCGCAGGACUCCAGCGAUGAGGAUGAGGAUCGACCGCAGACCCACACUGUGUUUAAAGUCCCGCAGAGCGUCUGCCGGCAGCCUGAGCUGGAGAUCCAGAAGCGGCAGAGACUCGAAGAUCAGGCAGAGCUGUCCGAAGAGCUGGACUUCCAGACACACAAACAGGCUCCUGACGCUGGGCUCCCAGUGUCUGCAGACGCUCCUCUGGCUGUGUUAGUGGACGCUCGCUGCAUCAGCGGUGGCUCUGAGCUGCUGUCGCUCCUGCGGCUCCGGCACCAUCUGCAGGUCCAUGUCUGCUCUCUGGGCAGCGCAGACUUCAUCAUCAGCAACCGCACCGCUGUGGAAUGGCAGAGCGAGUCUGAGGUGUCCAGCGCUCACAACCGCAGGCGUCUGCUGGAGCGAAUGCAGCGUCUGCAGGCCACGUAUGAGCGUGUGUGUCUGAUCAUCCAGAAGGACAGAACCAGACCUGGAGAGAUGGUGCGAGUGUUCCAGCACAGCCGCUAUUAUGACUCCACACUGGCCGCUCUGGUGACGGCGGGCGUUCGGCUGCUGUUCAGUAACGGGUUUGAGGAAACCGCCGCUAUACUGACCGACCUCACACAGGUGGAGAAGAGGAAAGGUCAGGCCAUCCAGGUGCCGCUGGAGGUCAAAGGUCACCGGCAGCAGGCGCUCCAGUUCUACCUGACGCUGCCGAACAUGAGCUACAUCUGUGCUCUGAACAUGAGCCACCGCUUCAGCUCCAUCAGCCACAUGAUCAGCAGCUCAGUGGAGGAUCUCCAGGCCUCAGCGUGUGUCAGUCGCUCCAGAGCUGAAGAGAUCUACCGCUGCCUGCGCUACAGCUGUGACCCGGUGCUGAUAAACCAGACUAACCAGAGCCGAACCACUAUAGACUCCAUAAAACCAGAUUAACCAGCACUGACUGACUCCAUAAAACCAGACUAACUAACGUUGACAGACAUAAACCAGACUAACUAAUGUUGACAGACAUAAACCAGACUAACUAGUGCUGAUUGACUCCAUAUCCCAGACUAACUAGUGCUGAUUGACUCCAUACACCAGACUAACUAGUGCUGAUUGACUCCAUACACCAGACUACGCAGCACAGGCUGACUCUCAGCAGCACUCUGCGCAUUAUGAACUCCGCUUUAUUUUACUGUCAGUGGAAUAAUCAGGAUUAAAUGACGGAUUCUGUGUCGUGUGUACAUGUGUGUGUUUCUGUUCAGGGAUGUUCUGCUCCUCAGAUUAUGAGUGCGGCCUUUAUGGUGAUUCUGACAUGACGUAUUUAUGUUUAACACACUGAGUGUGUGUGUGUGUGUGUGUGUGUGUGUGUGUAAAGCAGCAGUGCUUUACAGAGAUAAAACUGCUGUGUGUUUUUAA